GGUGCAGGUGAUUGCCCCACAGCAGCGUGAACCACGAACCUACCAGUCAGCGCUCUCACAGUAGGCGACGUUCAAGGGCCAGUCCCGUCCCGCUGUCCCGCUGUCCCGCUGUCCGAAUUUGGGAUUAUCCCCCCGAAAAAUGACUCUCUGACUUUAUGGAGCGUUUAUCAUGAGCGAGGAGCAGGGAUUCCGCUUCCGUCUGCCGUCCCGACAGAGAAUGACUCGCCGUGAUUGACGUGCCAUGGAGAUCCAGAAGAGGUUGUCUUCGUGCUGGCAGAGUUUCCUGGCGUGCUUCAAAAAGCCGCGCCGCUCUGCGGGUGACCCCGUGCGACAGGCGGCGCGGAACCCGGGGCCCGGCGACAACGCGGAGCCGGCCGCCGGCGGCAAGAGCUCCGCGCCCGCGGAGACAGCGGGGGACUAUUACAUCGCCCUGUACGAUUACUCGGCUCGCACUGAGGAGGACCUGAGCUUCCACGCCGGGGACAUCUUAGAGGCGCUGGACAAAAGCCCCGGUGAAUGGUGGUUUGCCCAAGCCGCCAGCGGGCUGUCGGCCUCCAAACAGGGAUACAUCCCUGCGAAUUAUGUGGCACCCGUCGAGAGCAUCAACGCUGAGCCAUGGUAUUUCCCCGAAACCAAGAGGCAGGAUGCGGAGAAGAUGCUACUGGCUGGAGGGAACCAGCAUGGUGCCUUCCUUAUCAGAAACUGUGAGAGUCAGAAAGGAGAGCUCUCCCUCUCAGUGGUGGACAGUGGGAGGGUGAAGCAUUACAAGCUGAAAAAAAUGGACAACGGUCAGUACUUUGUGUCGAAGACGAGAUGCUUUCAAACACUGAAGGAGUUGGUGGAACAUUACUCGAGACAGUCCGAUGGCCUCUGUGUGCGUCUGGGUGAGCCCUGCAAAAAGAUGGAGGCCCCACAGACUCAUGGUCUGUCCUACAACACAGUGGACCAAUGGGAGAUUGACCGCAACUCCAUCAAGCUCCUGAGGAAGCUGGGAGCGGGUCAGUUUGGUGAAGUGUUCGAGGGCAUUUGGAACGAAACCACAGCAGUCGCAGUGAAGACCCUCAAACCUGGUACCAUGGAUCCUGAGGACUUCCUGAGAGAGGCUCAAAUCAUGAAGAGGCUGCGGCAUGCCAAGCUGAUCCAGCUGUACGCCGUCUGCACCAUGGAGGAGCCCAUCUACAUCAUCACAGAGCUUAUGAAGAACGGCAGCCUGCUUGAGUACCUGCAGAAGGAUAACGGCAAAACGCUGCGGAUCUCUGACCAGAUUGAGAUGGCUGCGCAGGUGGCAUCAGGCAUGGCGUUCCUGGAGUUACAAAACUACAUCCACAGGGACCUGGCAGCCAGGAACGUACUGGUGGGCGAGAACAACAUCUGCAAGAUCGCCGACUUUGGCCUUGCCAGGGUUUUCAUGAAAGAGAAUGAGAGUGUGUACGAAGCCAAAGAGGGCACAAAGUUUCCUGUGAAGUGGACAGCUCCAGAGGCAAUCAAUGACAACAAGUUCACUAUAAAAUCUGAUGUCUGGUCCUUUGGAAUUUUGCUGUAUGAGAUCAUGACCUUUGGCCAGAUGCCUUACCCAGCCAUGAGCAACUACCAGGUGGUCCAGAAGAUUCCUCAGGGCUACAGGAUGACGUGCCCCCCCAACUGCCCCAAAGUCAUGUACGACAUCAUGAUAGACUGCUGGAAGGAGGAUGAACAGGACCGGCCCACGUUCGAGACCCUGCAGUGGAAGCUGGAAGACUUCUUCGACAUGGAUGUGACCUCGUAUGACGACGCCAGCCGUUAUUAGCACACUGACCAGUCUGUGACAGGCUCAAAAGAAAGGGAACCAAAAAAACCACUGUGCAAAAUCAAAUUCAUAUCAGUGAGAGCAUGGACUUAAACUGACAUAUUUAAGAAGUAACACAUUCAAAUGUAAUUUAAAAUUUUCUCUUGUUGAAGUCAAAGGAUGAUGUAAAAUGUUUGAUAUGCCGAUGAUAGAAUACUGUGACUGUAACUGACACAUGGUGAGGAUACUUUUACGACAGCAACAGUUGGUUGUGACACUACUGGUAUCGCUUUGUGUGACAACCGAAUGCACUUUCAGACAGGCCGUGUGCACGUUGAGCCUAACUCUUAAAGUAAGCAUUUGACUGGAGGAGGCCUCUUUCAGCUCAGGCUCUGCAUCUUGACCAACCAGUUCUUCUUGCACUCAGCAUAGCGCACAUUGUUUCCACCGGCUACCUGUCGGGCUUUACUGGAAGGCACCUGAGAGGAUGACAAGAUUUCACUUACCUUCUCAGUCUGCUUUGCCUUGUGUCUUGGAGCGAGUGGCAGGUGUUGUCAACUCGGCUCACUCCUGGUUGCAUAUGUACUGUGACUAUCCUAGUUGGUCUUUGUUAUUCCAAGGUAGGCAACUGUCUUUAGUCCUGGCAGCCCACUAGGAGCCCAUUAAAUAAAAACACAAUAUAAAUCACCUUCUUGACAAACUACUCCAAAAUGGCUUCACUCUAGAUUCCAUAACAUAACCAAACUUUUUCUCUUGAAGCUUCUCUUCAGGCUACAAGAGAACUGAACUGAGGGCACACUGCCAGGUUUGUAUGAAGUCCUGUAGGUUUAAUUGUUGGAGAAAAUCACAUCAACUUAAUGCCCACAAAUGAAUGCUAUCGCUACGUAGCCAAUUUUACUAUUCAUAGCUAUAAACUUAGCAGUCGAAAAAGAAAAAAGAAUUUGGCAUUGGACUUCACUCACCACAAUCGGUCAGGAUAGCAACACCAAUGGUCAACUCUCAUUUUACUAAAAUUUUUUCGCUGCUUUGCUUCUACUGAAGUUAGCAUCCUAACCAGCUAGCCCCAUCCCAUAACACCACUUUGCCACAGUGAGUCACAGUAGUGUCCAGUCUGCUCUGAUGGAGUCAUGACCACCUGCUGGGGGUGAGAAAACAAACGUCCCCACCAAUUAACAUUUUAAACAAAUAUUUAAAUGCUCAUUUCUAGAUUGUUUUUGUAUUUUACUAUAUUACUUCGGACGAGUGUACAUUAUUAUGAAGUUGACAUGAAUAAUGCAUUUUUUAAUUUUCACAACCAGCAGGCAGAGCAACAUAAGCAUUAAUUUUGAGUAGAAUUUGUGCUUUUAGCGUUGUUUUGGUUUUCCACUAAUCCCUGAGAGAAUUAUCCAACUGUUUACCUGCUAAAUGAUCCCACUGUAUUCAACAGCUGGGCUCUUACUUUGUCUGCAGUUUGGUGCUGGACAGGAAGUGCACAGUGGGGUUACCACCAGAUCCUCUGGCUGAUAAUUACGCUGAUGAGGCCAAUGCGUGACAUAAAUCUGUGAAGUUGUUGACCAUAAAAUCAAGAGGUAGAGCAAAAAGUCACUGAGGAGUCUGCAAUAAUUCUCUGUAGGUUCACCACUACACAACCCUACACGUAUGAAAUAUAGAGUAAAGCAACUCUAAGGGAUGUCACAAACUUUUAAACCCACAGUACAACAAUAUAACUCCAUCCAAAAGUCCAGAGCUAGGGAGCAGCUCCUACCACGUUACUGGCAGGCUAGCAAUUAUGUUUCAGAAAGGAUAUGCGUACCACUAAAUCCAUUCCCAACCAUUAAUAUUAUUAUGGUAUCGGUGUAUUUAUCCGUGUCCCCUCAACAUGUUUUGCGAUUUUAUGCUUUAUGUUGUUUAGCCUCUUGAUCGCUUUGGUUGCUAUCAGUUAGCGCAACAUUUAUGACAAACCAAAUGUUAAUCCAGUUCAAAAGAAACUGAGAAUUCGAUAAUCUAAUCUGUAAAUGAGCUAAUUAGAUUGAAAGUUUAGUUUGGAAUUGGAUGGAGAUACAUGAAUAUGCUAUUUAACGUUGUUGUAUGUUCAACAUCCCUUAAACAUGUUAAAGUUGUUUAACAUGAUGUUCUGUUAAAUUGUCGCACAAGUGCACAGCCACAUUUUGGUGGUCCUGGGCCUGGAUGUGACCCUAAUUCUACUACACCCAAAGCCUCAGCAUACUCACACCUGUCUGCUUGUAUAAUGUAGCAAAUUAUGUUAAAUGUGUUCUGUUUGUCAGUCACGAGGCACCCGCAGUUAAAUUUGUCAACGACUGAACUAUGUGACGCUGGACUUUAUCCCUCCUUUUUUUACUGAUUCUGUUGGAGGCGUAGUGCUGAUCUCGGGUCUGUGUCAGCAGAGACGGAACACCUCAUCAGAUGUUUAACACAUGAACGUUGAUGAUGAUGAUUUUGUCUUGUUUUUAGUGUCAUGAUCACAAUCCUGUUAAUUGUACAUUAAACCAUGCCAAUGUUUGUAUAUGAUCAUGCUUUAUUUUAAUGUAACAAUCUUUUUAUCCGCAACAAUUAAAAUGAAUUAUAUUGUA